AUGUGGAUCCUGCCUAUGUGGUACCACUCCCCAUGGGUGGCCAUCAAGUCAAUCCGCAAGGACAAGAUCAAGGAUGAGCAGGACCUCGUCCAUAUCCGCAGAGAGAUCGAGAUCAUGUCGUCCCUCAAUCACCCCCACAUCAUUGCCGUCCAUGAAGUGUUUGAGAACAGCAGCAAGAUCGUCAUCGUGAUGGAGUACGCCAGCAAAGGGGACCUGUACGACUACAUCAGCGAGCGGCAGCGGCUCUCGGAGCAGGAGGCCCGGCAUUUCUUCCGGCAGGUCGUCUCCGCCGUCUACUACUGCCACAAGAAUGGCAUCGUUCACAGGGACCUGAAGCUGGAGAACAUCCUCCUCGAUGCAAACGGGAACAUCAAGAUCGCAGACUUCGGCCUCUCCAACGUUUACCAGCAGGACCGGCUCCUGCAGACGUUCUGCGGCAGCCCGCUCUACGCCUCCCCCGAGAUCAUCAACGGGAGGCCCUACAAGGGCCCCGAGGUGGACAGCUGGUCCCUGGGCGUCCUCCUCUACAUCCUGGUCCAUGGCACGAUGCCGUUUGACGGUCAGGACUACAAGACGCUGGUCAAGCAGAUCACAAGCGGGGACUACCGGGAGCCCACGAAGCUGUCGGAUGCCUGUGGGCUCAUCCGCUGGAUGCUGAUGGUGAACCCGGCGCGUCGUGCCACCAUCGAGGACAUCGCCACGCACUGGUGGGUGAACUGGGGCUACAAGGUGCCCAUCGGGGAGCAGGAGACGCAGCGGGAGAGCGAGUCGCCCGAGGGGCUGCGCGUCUCGUCCCGGCCCCUCGUGGAGAACGGCUCCAAGGUGCGCUGCUUCUUCAAGCAGCACCUGCCCGCGGCCGGCGGCGCCCUCGAGAGGCAGCGAUCCCUCAAGAAGUCCAAGAAGGAGAACGACGUCUCCCAGGCGCUGCAGGAGCCCGGCCCGGAGAACCCCGCCAAGUCCAUCCUCAAGAGGCCCAAGGGCAUCCUCAAGAAGAAGAACUCGGGCGAGCAGAAGGUGCCCGGUGCUGGCCCUCCGCACGCGGCGGCUGCUGAGGAGGGUGACGCGGCCCUGAGCCGUGUCCUCGCGCACAGCAGUGUGGAGGAGGAGGAGGAGGCGGCCGGGCACCGGCUGCGCCGCUGGACGGUCACGCACUGUCCCGGCCCCCUGGCCCAGGGCCGCUUCUCCCCGGGGGGCUGUGAUGGUGUCACCCAGGACUACAAGCAGGCCGUGAAGCCGAGCUGA